AUGGCGGGGACUGCGAGUAGGGACGCUGAGUCGAGCGGGCAUCAGCAGCAACAGCACGAGCAUGAAAAGCAUCAGCAUCAUCAGCAGCAUCAGCAGCAGCAGCUCCAUGGAUCCCAGCACAAUUUGGCCCAUGCCGUGGCCUCUCCGGUGACCAUGGGACAUUCUCAGGACGGACACCACGAAUCGAAGCUGCAGAGGCUGAAGCGCUCGCUGUCAUUCAAGACCAAGUCUCUGCGCAGCCGCAGUGCAGACAACGUCUUCGAGCGUUCCGACCGGGACUCGCGGGGAGAGGGCAACCUCAUCCUCACUCCGGCCCUCAUCCCGAACGCCGCCCUCCGCGGUAGCCCCUCGUCGCCACCACCGCCGCCACCGCCGCAACUCCCCCCGGCGUCGCGCGAGUGCCUCCUGGGCGAGGCGCGGUCCUCCCGGGCACUCCUCUCCUCCUCCUCGUCCUCCUCCUCCUCGUCCUCCGCCACCACCAACGUGGCCGCAGCUCAUCCGCCGCCGUCCCCGCUGCGUCUCUUCCCCGGCGAGCGACAGCACGACUUCCAGGAGCACGUCUUCAAGAAGCCCACCUUCUGUGACAUCUGCAACCACAUGAUUGUGGACACGGGGAGCAGCAGCAAGCACGGCCUGCGCUGCAAGGCGUGCAAGCUGAGCCUGCACCACCGCUGUCUUGGGGGUGUCGAGAUGCAGCGCUGCAUGGGCAAGAUGCCGAAGGGAUUCCGCCGUCACUACAGCUCCCCGCUGCUCAUCAACGAGCAGUUCUCCUGCAUCAUGGAGGUCAUCCCGCUCGAAGAAGACCGUAAGCGAAAUGAGAAACCUUGUGUCUGCAGCUCGGCUAGGCGUGGGGACGGCCACUCAGGAUGCGGGAAGAAAGUGGACCCGGUCUACGAGACUCUGCGAUUCGGCACGUCGCUGGCGCAGCGCGUGAAAGGGCGUGGAUGCGAGGGUGAGCCUGGGCCGUGCCGACACAGCAGUAGCAUGGACGCCGAUCUCAUGGAUGUGCCAGAAGAGAUGGACAUGGGAGGAGGAAUGCCGGGCGUCCAGCAAGGCACCCAGCCAUCUUUUCAGCAAGCCACCCAGCCAGCCGCCCAGCAAACCACUCAGCCAGCCACGAACCCAGAUGCUCAUUUAGAGGGCCCGCCGGGGACUCAGCCAGCCACCAAGGCAGACAGCCAGCCAGAGAAAAUGUCUCCCGCUGGGACGGGCUCUGAGGACACGGGCGCUGGCGACAAGCCUAAGAAGCCGACUCCGGUGCGGAGGGGUCAGCUGAAGCACAUGGAGUCCAUUCAGCAGAUGUACCAGUACGUGGCACUGUCCCAGUACGUGCCGCAAGACAGCGGCGACCUAGCCAUCCAGCCCGGAGACAUCCUAUCAAUUGUUGACGAUUCCAACGAAGAGUGGUGGAAGGGCCGGAUCGAUGACCGCGUCGGCUUCUUCCCUGCCAACUUCGUGCAGCGGGUGCGGCCGGGCGAGCGCGUGUUCCGUUGCGUGCGCGCGUGCGCGGGCACCCGCGAGCACGGCCACCUGGCGCUCAACCUCGAGCAGAUCUGCGUGGAGAAGGCCAGCAUGCCCUCGCAGGGCUUGGUGCGCGUGCAGAGCGGCCGCAAGAAGGGCCUGGUGCCCAUCGACUGCCUGGAAGAGAUAUGAGGGAGGGAGGAAAUCGGCGAUCGACAAUGUCUCCAUGGGGUGCGUCUCUCCCGACUCGGCCGGUUUCUUAGCGGGAGCCUGGAGAAGAGUACCUUGAGUUGGCGAGCAGGUGUAGGUGAAAACACAAAUGGCGCGACUCUGUGCCAUAGAUGCCCAUUCCGACAGCAGAGCUUCUACCGCUGUCAGAGACUCUGCCAUGGAACAGCAGCUUUUACCGUCACCACCACCACCACCUGCCAAUAGUGUAGCAGUAGAAGUUCUUGGUGGCCACCGGGCAGCCGUAACUACACAGGCAGGUGGAGAAGGAGCAGACGCUGUUGGGUUUUAUUCUGGCAGUGUAAGCGCACGUCUGAAUUCAUAGCGGGGGAAACGUCGGGGAGCUUGGCACAGCUGGUGGUGCAUCGUGUGUGUGUUGGACAUCGGCGCAUCAUCUGUGUUAGCUGGUGGUGAAACUUGAGCGUUGACCUCUGCACCGUUGCAUAUUUUAUGGGAACUUUGUGCAUCACUACACAGCGCGCUGCAGAUUUGCAAUAGUGCCCCCUUCAACAGUAGAUGUUCCCUCCACCUUCAAAUGUUAUUCAUUGAAUUUCUGACAGACUUUUAAAUAAGCUCCGUGUAGUCUCACUGCGGCAUAUGCCUGCACUGCUCGCAGCAGCUAAUACAACACAGGCCCACAACUGUGAGAUUAGUGCAUUAAUUUACUAUUAUAUUGAUUUAUUUAUUUACCUAGCUAUUUAUUUUUUUACAGAAAAUCCAUUAUUUUACAUGUAGCAUUUAUAAAAAUGCAUAUAUUAUUCAAUGCACAUACGUUAUCGUUCGUGGAAUACACUGUUGUAAAAAAAAGUAGAAAUAACUACAUGUUUACAAAUGUCAAGUUAAAUCGUGCUGUCUGAAAGUGUUUUUGAUGGUUUAAAAAAAUGCAAGUUCAUUUCUGUGAAGAUUAGAAAUAGUUAAUUACAAGCAAUUACCGUAAAUGAUUGAAAAUGAAGGAAAAUGCAAACAUUUAGCUAAUGAAUAGAGUGGCUGUUUAGAUGUCCAUGCUCGAAUUGAUGCGUGUGUGUAUAAUUGUAUACAUUUAUUUACAAUGUGUCUUUGCAAACAUUUGAGAAUAGGAAGGGGGUAAACAUUCAUGACUCCACCUCAAGUUAUUUAUAUUCAUUAUACCUAACAUCACCCCUUGGAGUUAAAUCAUUUAUUAUUUUAUUUCCCUCGUAUAAAUGUUUGCUUUUAAAAUGAGAAUAACAUCACAUGGGUUUUUUUUCUUUGUCAAAACAAGGGACAACACCGGAUGAUGUUAACAUUGAACUAUUUCUGGUGUCACUUUAGUCUCGCCGAACAUUUGAUGGCUCUCAUUUCUGCUCUGUAAAGAUGGGUUCUCCUUACAUCAGCCAUCUCAUACAUUUUAUUUCUCAAACCCCAGGGCUGUUCCGGAUGAAGUGAAGACAACUAUGUAUACAAAAUGCUUUUAGGAUUGUCGUUAUUGGUGGUCAGGCUGAGACCUUGAAAUAAGACCACACCUGAAAACCUCGUGUAAUCAUGGGUGGCAUCCCACAUUUAAAGUGAGGGACUAGUGUUAGCUCACGUACUGUGGCAAGAUGUUAAUUACCUCGCCCGAUAUACAGGAGGUCGUGGAUUAAAUCCUGACCCUGACACCUGUACAUUUGGAGUUUGCAUGUUCUCUCCAUGGUCGUGUGGAUCUUUAUCCAGGACCUCCGGUUGUUUCCUCCACAUUUAGAAUUAACAUCAUGCGUUUAGAGUAUUUGGCUGCUUUACAUUUCAACGUGAUAAGCCACUUCGUUGAGCUAUAUAGCUAUAUAGAUUCUGAAAAGGAGCGAUAAAGCUCAGUGGGCCUUACCUGGUAAAAUAAAAAGUUUAGUUUCAAAAUAGUUUAGUUUGAAGCACGUUAUAAAGAAGUGGUUGUUCGUACCCUUGGCCACUCAGCCAUGUUAACACCAGACAUUUAGUUUUAUUAUUAGGAUCUUUUUUCGUCAGUACCAAGUACGUAUGGUUAAUGUAUACUUGAGUCCUUGCAAAAGGUUUCUAUUUGAUGUUUGAACAUCUUAACAACAUCUGUGUUAUUGCCAGAAAGGGUAAAGCCUAUUAUUUUUCAUACGUUGAUACUGGCAAAAAAAAAGUCUCAUGAUAUAGCUGCUCACCCCAAGAUGUGAGUGACACGUGCAUUGUCUUUGCGCUGUUCGCCUUUUGGCGGUCUCUGGUCUGACACUGGUGAGACUAGGCCAUACAGAAGGCUGUCUCUGGUGUAGACCAAUCAGUUUCAAAGACAAUGUCAUAUAUAAUUAUCACAGCAUGUUUUGUUUGCAUGUCCACCACAAGUAGUGUGGUUAAUGCAGAUGAUUCCUUGCAAGUGGGUUCUAUCUGGUGGUUUGAACAUCUUAACACCUGUUUUAUUGCCAGAAAGGGUAAAACCUAUUCUUCUAUGUUUUCAUAGUUUUGUUAUUGAAACUGAAUUGAAAUUAUUUUCACGGCCCUUUGUAUCUAUACCGUGUUACUGACUGUACUUGGACAUUUACUCUACUGGCAGGUCGUGUGUGGUUGGGUAAAGUGUGGCUACUCCAACUUCUUCCUAGAGGUCUGGAAGAAUAGGCCAAAUCACCCACUCGAAAGGUUGUCAGCAGUGGCACGCAGGGCUGCACCUCUGUCUUUACCUUACCGCAGUUGGAAUCUCAUUGCCACCAAUUUCAAAGCCACCCGCUUAUCCGGGAUGGAGGCACGAGACGACCACCGCCCUCACUUGUAAGGCGAUGGGACCAGGCGCUUCCCGGAAAGCUUUCUCCCGAGUGUGCUAAGCAGGGGGGUUGAAAUGGAACAAAGCAAUGUCCACAAGCCUGCUGGGCUUAGAGUGGCGGUGACAGGGGUGUGGUGGUGGUUGUUGUUGGUGGUGAUGGGGUUCACGGGGCAUUUUUGCCGUAGCGGUUAGCGCUACGCUGGGCUACGAACCUGACGACCUGGCCAACACCAGUGACGAUUAUCUAAACCGGGCCUCGCCUAGGUCGACUCAGCCUCAAAUGAGUACAUGGUGCGGUGUGUAGUAAACAUCGCCACCGGGGAGACAAAGGCGGACGGGCGGUGUGUGUUGGCCACCCACCCCUCGUGUGCCACAGUGCCAGCCUUCGUAGGUGCUGCUCGCCAACAGCACUUUCACAAAACCGCAUUUCAAGAAAUGACCGCAUUCACGACGCGAGAAAGAUUUCAUGUUUUUCUCCUUCCCGUCAGGCACGUGUUUAGACCAAAUACUGUACAUGAACUACACUGUAUGAGCAUUUUUGAGUACUUUACAUAUAUAGAUGCACUACUACUGUAUAUACACUACUACUGUUACGCGUACACACUUAUAAAUGUAUCUACAUGUGAUCUUUUGAGAGAGGGAGGAGGCACUUUCCAAUACCGUUUUAGCAAACGGCUGUCAGCCCAAGCCGCGUCCUCUCAUUUGAUGUUUCACUUGAGUGAGAAUUUACAUCUGUAAGUCCCUGUUGUGGUGAAGUCAACGUAUUGCCGAUGAAAGAGCGACGGUGUUCGUGCGUUUAUGCAAAUCUGAGCGCAGGAUUAAACAGAAGUCAACACGAAGAGCGCCACGAGACUUCAAGGAUAAUUCCGUCCACCAAAUCGGCAGCGAGGGCCGCCUUGAAGGCUGCCCGUGACUUUGCCACGUGGACGCCGUGAAUCCCACCGUGACUCGUGGUGUCACGAGGCCAUCAUCGGUUUCUGUGGCCAUCCGUCCAUCAAACAUUUUAGCUGCCUCCCGGGCGACAGCUUGUCUGCUAAUGGGCCGAAAUCGCCCUCUCCCGUCUCGCCUGGGCCCUCACUCAGCGCUACCUUUUGAUCUGCGGCCACCGAUGACAAGUUUGUGUGCGCGUGUGUGUGUGGGGGGGGUAUUUCCUCUCUCUCAAGUGCAAUGUCCAGGACCGGCUGGGCAAACUUAAACCGUUUCGCCUGUCCCGCACUAUUUAUGUCGAGCGAAAGGCCACUGAAAGAGCAAAAAAACCUCAUUUUUUUCAGGAGCUUUUCUUUUUGCGAUUUUUUUUCACGGAGCGAGGCGUUUUUUUCAGAAUUUUUUCCCCAUAUUUUUUUCAUUUAUUUUUUCCAGAAUUUUUGUUUGUUUCGUGUCGCAGCGGGAGCCCUCUCGCAUCUCUGCAGCAGCAACCUCGGGGGGGGGGGGGUUAUUCCGGCGUUUUGUGUGAUCGCGCCAGCCGCCAAGCUUGGACGCGACACGCGAACAACGUCUCAAGGAACCAAAAAAAAGCAAUCGACACAAACCGCCCCCCCCCCCACUGGUGAUGAAAUUGCAGCCAUGGGAAGAGCUCACGGUCACCGGGGGCCGAGCAAAGGUCACAACAAAGCAAUGAGACGCGCGAGCGAGGUGAAUCGCAGCCGCCAACAGAGUCGGUGUUGCCAACACGGAGUUAAAAGCGAAAGUUAAGGCAGGAUGGCUAGGUAAUUGGAAAAUAAUAGUUAAGUAAACGGGGAAUACAAAAAAACAGAAAGUCGUUGAAGGUGAAAAAUUUCAUCUUUAAACUGGAAGUAGUUUCGGUCAAGGCCCGAAUGGUUUCAUUCAUCGGAAAUGUACCGCACAAGUUGAUUGCACAAGCAGCGAGGGCUGGGCCGUGGAUCCCCACAUCGCUCACAAGGCGCGCCCCACUUGCCCAUCACAUUUGGGGAAAAUUACAGUCGUGGAGUCAAAGUGUCUCCCUGCUGCGUGAUUGAGCUCCUGAGUAGCCCUCAGCUCGCUUCGUGGCUUCGAACAAGCAGUGGAUACGUGGAAGGGAAAUAAAAAAAAAUCAUUAUAAAAUUAAAACAUAAAUUUUUUUUAUUUUAUUUUAUUAUUUCCCUUCUACGUGAAUUUACCGAAAGAACCAAGAAGAUGAAUCCAUGCAGUCACGAAAGCUUAAAAUCGAAAAAAAAAGCAGUGGAUAAUUCCACAUUCUCACGGCAGUAGUCUCACAACAUGAUGAGACCCAUUUUGGUGAAACAUUCACUUAAUAUACAUAUUUUUUUAGAUAUAUAUGUAGUGUAUUUAAUAAAUCAAUACUACGUACUGUGAUUCCGUAUAACGGUCGUAAUUUAAAAAUAGGAUAUUAAAUAACGGUGAUAAUUAGAAUGUCUUACAAUUGUAAAACUUAACACUGAACUACUAUGGGAUUGGUUUUUAUUCCCUAGUGCAGGGAGAAUGAUUGGCGAUUAUGAUUCUAGAAGUUGUCAAAGAGCAAAUAAUCUGACUUGCAAUGUCAUCGUUUAGCAUGAUUCCAUUCAUGGAGGCGUCUUUUCUUUACACCAAAGGUAUUAAAUGGGCAAAUUAACUCCAGUAAUGUAACACUGCUUGUGAGCAUAGUCGUGUUGAAGCUUUGUAAUGGCUUUAUAAAUGUGAUAUUAAUAGCUUUAACAUAUAAAAACAGUAAUUUAAUAACUGCUAAAACCAGUAUGAAUGUCAUAAGUACAACCAAUGACUAAUUAUAAAUGCGUCAGUGGCUUAGCUUUGCGAAUAUAAUCGUAAUCAAUUUAUAAAUAAAACAUCAAUGCCAACUUCAUAUGAUCACAUUAAAUACAUCAAUAUCAAUACAAUUCUGACAAUUAGCAACUCAUUAAAUAAAAUACGCCAUUUUGCUUACGAAAAUAGAACUUGCCCUAUAGAUGUUGCACACAGUUGCCUGUGCAAUAAAAUAAUUUUAAAAAGUUACGACUUUUUUUUUUACACAAAGGAGGAAUGCCCUUUAGAGAAGCUGCUUGAUAAAAGUGUGAUCGUUUGGAGCUAUUCGCCACCAGACAAAAGGUACGAUGGGUGUGUGCAAAUUUUCCGUCUGUCAAUAGGUCGGUCAUGCAGAGGUAAACUUAAUAAUAAUAAAAACAACCAAGUGAAUUGUAUAUGCCCUUUCACAGGUUCCCAGCACUUGAAGAACAACAACAACAACAACACCCUGUACGCUGUCCCUGCGAGAACCAUUUAUGUACGAAGCUUUGGAUGUUUGCACUCUGAUGUGUUUUCUGUGAUGUUACAAUUCAGCGACGUAUGAUGCUCCGGAGCAUGAUGCUCUGAUGCACGAUGCGCCGAUAAGGCUAUAUCUAGCACAUGCAUUGAGAAGCGUAUACAUUUGCCAGCGCAAGGCAGUGAGUGACCUAUUCGAUGAUGAGGUCACAUUUUGACCCAUCCAUAAAGGAUGUCUUUAAAAAAGCCAUUAAAAAAUACAAAACCGGUCUUUACCCCUCCCCCUCCUCCCCCCCAUCAAAUCCUGCAUUCUCUCCUUCCAUUCAUUUAGAAAUAUCAAGCAAUUCUUACCACCGCUCUCAUCUAAACAUAACUGGUAUUUUUAAACGUACACGUGAUAGGGCAUGACAUUUUGCCUAUCACUUUGUAUUUUAAAUCAUGUAAUAUCACUGUACUGGCAAUUUAAAGAUUUUUUUUUAAUAUGGACUUGGUAAUUGCAUUUCAUACAGAAUCUGGAACCGUUCCACAUUUAAAUAUAAAUGUAUACACACACACGGUAAUUAUAUUACAAAUGUUGCCUUGCAGCAGUCUGGUACAGAACUGACUCGUUCUGCUCACGGUUCAGCACAGGCACAGAAGCUUUUAUAUCCAGCAAAGAUUUAGCAAAGGGCAACUCAGUUAUUGUGGAUAACUCUCCACAUUUGGACCAUGAGAUUAUAUGUGACUUUUCACAUCUGCACAAGAUAGCAAAUGGCACGUUUGUUUGACAGUGUUCUCGUAGUCUUUGAUGAGUGGCCUAAUGUUGAAUUCUAAGCCCUGAAUAUAAAGGCUGGUGUGUGCUGGUGUGAUGACCACAGAGCCCUCUGGCCUACUCCGGACAUCCCCAAAUCCUCACGUAAUAUUCCACUUUUCAUUCGAUGUAUUUACUGAGUUGGGGAAGGGGGCGGGGGGCACAGUGGUGGGAGGUUGUCUCAUUUUUCUGGUUGAGACACAUAGUCGAACUUUUUCACUUCUCAAAGCCAAGUGUUCAGGACAAGCUUUGGGAGUGUGUAUUUCGCACCGCGAGAUGUUACAUCAAAAUCCAGAACACUGGUCUACUGCCGCCACCACCCCCACCCAUUACCGUUCUGCUGCCGCCACUGCCUCCGCGUUUUGGUGUCGUGUUGUUCACACGGUCGGCGAUAAAUGUGGCAAAGUGUGUGCAUGGGUCACAGAGAAGGUCGCGACAUUACGCGAGCAUGUGAAAUAUGCGUUCGGCUACAACAUUUUACAAUUUACGAAUGCGCAGCGAAUAACGCGACACCGCAGCGGCACCGUGGGGGUAUUGAAAGCCGAAUGCGCUUACAACGUGGUAGUCUGAUGUGUUGCAAAAUAAAAUAAGACAUUAAGGCAGUCCAUUGGCAGUUCUGAAAACGCCCAGGUUGAAAAAAUCUCACCAUGAUCAACAUUAGCCCUGUCAAAUAACAAUUAAUUGUAAGGCAGUGGUAAUGAUGAGUGUCGUGAGUUUUUGUUCUCUAAUCAUCUAUUGGUCUAAAACUCAGUCGCAUUGCACAAAUAGUAUCGACUUCAGGCCCCAUCAUCUAAAUCUAUUCAAUAUUUUUUGUAUUCAUCUUGACUCCUCCAUUCAUAUAGAAUGGAGUUGUCAGGAUAAAUGAAAUGAAACUUAAGUUGGAAAGUGGCAUUGAAUAACACAGGGCCACAUUGCCCGUUUCCACUGGGCUAAUUUCAUGACGAGGACACUUGCACCGUUAAACUUCACAGGCAGAGUGAUACCAGUAGUCUCUGCGUUUAGCUUUGAGAAAACCCGAGGCCACGGGACUUCCCGGAAGCUAUGCUCGAGCACUGUGUGACACGCCUGGUUGUCGUACCUGAGAGGUAGCCGCCACUCAUUUGAACAUCAGUGGCCCCUACUGGAAGAGGAGAGAUGGGGGGUCCAGAAGCCAUGAGAACUACCACUGUAGUUUACAGCUGGUUCACAGUUCAUGUUUCAUUGCUAAAAGGAAAUUUUAAAACGAAUCUGUCGGAAGGCCGUGGUGAAGAAUUGAUGUCGCUUCUUAAUCCAUGUGGAGUUUAACCUGGUCAUUUCCAGCCGCCUUGCUCCUAUGCAAACGCUACAAUGGAUUACUGUGACAAAGAACAGCGGAGAACGUGGGGAGGGUAACGAUUCUAGGGACCUUACAUGUAUCUUGCAAUUAUCUGGAACUGAAUUGUCGAUGCGUGUGAUGUUGCAGUGACCUGAAACAGAAAAGGAACACAAAAAAUAAACUUGGUAAUAAA